UCUGCCUUGCAGGUUAAUCUCCGAGCCACUGAUGUCAAGCUUAUGCGUCAGCUGCUCAUCAUCAAUGAAAGUAUUGAGUCAAUCAAGUGGAUGAUUGAAGAGAAGGCUAUUGUCAGCAGAGGUAGCAGUUUGAGUGGCAGCCUGUGCAGCUUACUGGAAAGUCAAGACACAUCUCUCCAGGGCAGCUGCAACAGUUUACAAGACUGUAGUGAUGGACUAGAUGGAAUAUCAGUGGGGAGUUAUUUGGACACUUUAGUGGAUGAUGUACCUGGUCACCAAACCCCCUCAGAUAUGGACCAGUUCAGUGAUUCUUCUGUUCUCGAGGACUCACAACCCCUGCAUAAGCAUCCCAAAAUUGAUUCUGAUGAGUACUACUGUUUUGGUUAAUAAAAAAGAAAGUUCCAUUGGGACACGUGCACUUGUAUUAAUCUUUUUUCUUUGCUGCUAUUUUAUUUCAUGUGCAAAAAACCCAGACUUCUCUUGGAAGGAAAACAUUCUUUGAUUCCAAUUUAGAACUUUUCUACUGCUCCUGAAACAUUUUCUCAUAGAUGGGUUGUGUCUUCUCCUCCACUUCUCUUUUUUCUUAAUUUAUUGUUGCAAUUUUUCUUAUUUUGUUUUAAUUUUUUAUAAUACUGUAUUUACGAGUUUUUAAAAGUGGUGAAGGAAAAGCUUUAGCUUUAAAAUGAGACGUCAGCAUGAGAGUUUCAGUUUUGUACUAGCUGGCAAUAAAAAGUCAUCUGAUAACAGUAUGUUGUGGUAAAUCUUCCUGACUGCCAGAUUUUUGCCUUUCCUGAGACACUAUUAUUCAGCCUUAGGUCUGAAUCUUGACCUACAAAAUAAUACUACCUUUUGUAAACAAAGAUAUUUGAUCCAGUUAAGCUGUUUUCACUUGGAGUAAAAACUUUUCCAGAC